AUGAUUAAUGAGAUCCGCUCUCAUGGUCUUUGGAUAGUUGGUAUGAGUAAAGCUGUUGCUUCCUAUAUUUAUAAGUGUGUCACAUGUAGGAAGAGUAGACGGCCAGUUGAGGAACAAAAAAUGGCAAACUUACCUGAAGAUCGAAUAGAAGAUGCACCUCCUUUCACCUUCAGUGGUAUGGAUUGUUUUGGACCCUUCCUUAUCAAGGAAAGACGUAAGGAAUUGAAGUGUUAUAGACUUUUAUUCACAUGUAUGGCUUCAAGAGCUGUUCGCAUCGAGAUGUUAGACGAUAUGUCUACCGAUGCUUUCAUUAAUGCUCUUAGGUGUUUUCUUGCUAUACGACGGGGUUCGUUCAAGUCUUGCGCUCCAGAUCAGGGUACUAACCUCCUAGGAGCAAAGAAUGAGUUUGAAAGGGGAAUGAAAGAGUUAGAUGUAGCACACCUCAAAGCCUUUGUGUCUGACCACCAGUGUGAAUUUGUUAUGAAUGCUCCACACUCUAGUCAGACUGGAGGAGUGUGGGAGAGGCAAAUAAGGACUGCAAGGAGUAUUUCAUCCUCCUUGAUGAAUGAAGCCAAGGGCUGA